AUGGCUACUACAGAUAGAACUACGCCAGAAGUUUCACAAAUGACGCGCCGGCGGGGAAACGUGGUAUACAUGCCAUGUAUGGCUCUGUUCAUGGGUGGAAUCAUAUUUCGCCGCACUAUGACAUCUGGCACCAAUCAACAGCGCUCUUAUCUGGCCCCAUCUACUGGAAUCAGGCGUUUCACCAGCAACGACCGAUGCUUCAGCGCCAUGGCGCCUUGUUGGGAUAUUCUUCCAGCCGGGAUCAAUCACUAUCACCACCGCGACUUUUCCGUUGGGCAGGGUAGUUCACAAAAUCUGCGGCAUGCUUUGAUGUUAGGGGCCAGCGCAAAGUCAAAUCAAUAA